AUGGAGGUGCCUCGCCUGGACCAUCCCCGGAGCAGCCCGGCCAGCCCCUGCGAGGAUGUCCUCAAGAACCUCAGCCUGGAGGCAAUUCAGCUCUGCGACCGGGACGGGAACAAGUCACAAGACAGCGGGAUUGCCGAGAUGGAAGAGCUGCCAGUUCCUCACAACAUCAAGAUUAGCAACAUCACUUGUGAUUCUUUCAAGAUUUCGUGGGACAUGGACUCCAAGUCGAAGGAACGCAUCACUCACUAUUUCAUUGAUCUAAAUAAGAAAGAGAACAAGAAUUCCAACAAAUUUAAGCACAAGGAUGUGCCUACAAAACUGGUGGCAAAAGCUGUCCCCUUGCCCAUGACUGUCCGUGGCCACUGGUUCCUGAGCCCACGGACCGAAUACACUGUUGCUGUGCAGACGGCCUCCAAGCAGGUGGACGGAGACUACACGGUUUCAGAAUGGAGUGAGAUUAUUGAAUUCUGUACAGCAGAUUAUUCCAAGGUUCACUUAACACAACUUUUGGAAAAGGCAGAAGUGAUUGCAGGGCGUAUGCUUAAAUUUUCGGUCUUUUACCGGAAUCAACACAAAGAAUACUUUGACUACAUCAGAGAGCAGCAUGGAAGCAUCCUGCAGCCCUCAGUUAAGGAUAACAGCGGCAGCCAUGGCUCUCCCAUCAGCGGGAAGCUGGAGGGGAUCUUUUUUAGCUGCCACACAGAAUUCAACACCGGAAAGCCCCCCCAGGAUUCGCCUUAUGGAAGAUACAGGUUUGAGAUUGCAGCUGAGAAACUUUUCAACCCGAACACUAAUUUGUACUUCGGGGACUUCUACUGCAUGUACACGGCCUACCACUAUGUCAUUCUUGUCCUGGCCCCCGUCGGCUCGCUGGGGGACGAAUUCUGCAAGCAGCGCCUGCCUCAGCUGAACUUGCAGGAUAACAAAUUCCUGACCUGCACUGAAGAAGAUGGGGCCAUGGUUUACCACCAUGCACAGGAUGUCAUCUUGGAAGUGAUUUACACUGACCCAGUCAAUCUCUCCCUCGGCACAGUGGCAGAAAUCACCGGGCACCAACUCAUGAGUUCGUCCACUGCCGAUGCCAAGAAAGAUCCGAGCUGCAAGACAUGUAACAUCAGUGUGGGACGCUAA